GAUGUUGAAGCUUGCCCGGUGUUUCCCAAGCAGCCAGGCUUACUUAAAGUGUUUCUGUAAAUCUGGUAUUAUCUGAACAGAUGCAUAUAUUUUUACGCUAACUGCGUCUUUUAUGAGUGUUUUUUUUUUAACCUCAUAUGCAUGCAGGAGGAACUAAAGGGCCACUUUUGCAGCAAAUUAAAUGCCCUGUCACCACACUGAGCCUAGUCCGUGACGUAGGCUGGCUGCAAAAUGACAAGGUCCUAAUAAAUUGCAUAGAGGCCUUUCCUGGAUUCAAUUAGGCUACCUCACCUACAGACAUUUUUCAUCAAAAGUAUCACAGUAAUGCCACAAACUGUGACAACCUGAGGUGUGACAAUGUGUAAUGUGGUUGUAGAACACCUUGUUGACGUGAAGCCUGACCCUGCAUAAAUAAUGCUGAAAUGGGUACUGUCUGUUCCAGAGCGAGUGUGAAGACAUGGGGGAGUCUAACAUCAGCCACAUGGGAACAAAUUUUACAGGAGGUCUCCCUGCAGCCAAACUGGAUCCCUACAUGGACACAUAUGACAUGGACUACGGUAUCCUUCCUGAAGAUAUCCCAGACACCACACAGGGCCAAGCCUUCUUUGUGGCCACCAUUGUUAUUGGUGUGGUGCUUGUCUGCAUCGUGCUUGUGUGCGGGUUGGGAAACUUCAUAUUCAUCGCCACGCUAACACGCUACAAGAAACUCCGCAACCUCACCAACCUCCUCAUCGCCAACUUGGCCAUCUCAGACUUCAUCGUGGCAGUGGUGUGCUGCCCAUUCCUGAUGGACUACUAUGUGGCAAAACAGCUCUCCUGGGAUCACGGAUUGGUGCUGUGUGCUUCUGUCAACUACCUGAGGACUGUGUCACUCUACGUGUCCACAAACGCUUUGCUCGCCAUUGCAGUUGACAGGUACAUGGCUAUAGUCCAUCCACUGAGACCUCGUAUGAAGUACCAAACCGCCUACUGCCUGAUUACAGGAGUCUGGAUUGUUCCUAUUCUGAUAUCCAUCCCCUCCGCCUACUUUGCCUCUGAGACCUCGUACCCUCAUGGCGGAUCCUCCUCAGCCACUCACAAAGUCUUCUGCGCUCAGAUCUGGCCUGUGGACCAACAGGCUUACUACCGUUCCUACUUCCUGUUUGUUUUUGCUCUGGAGUUUGUCGUGCCUGUCAUUGUCAUGGGGAUAUGUUACGCCCAAAUUUCCCGCGAGCUUUGGUUCAAGAACGUUCCGGGUUUCCAGACCGAACAGAUCAGAAAGAGGCUACGGUGUCGGCGUAAAACAGUGAUGGUUCUGAUUAUGAUCUUGACAGCUUACAUCCUCUGCUGGGCACCGUACUACGGCUUCACUAUCCUGCGAGAUUUCUUCCCAACGCUGAUCUCCCGCCAGAAAAACUCACUAGUGGCCUUCUACAUCAUUGAGUGCAUUGCCAUGAGUAACAGCAUUAUCAAUACUUUCUGUUUUGUUAGCGUCAAAAACAACACCAUGAAGUACUUGAAGAAAAUUGUGCUGCUGCGCUGGAAGACAAAGUUUAGUCCAGGUAAGACUGUAGAUGAGAUGGAUAUGAGGACCUGCUCCAUGCCUGUGACAGAGAUCAAAUGUAUUCACCUGAUAUGAACGGAGAAAAUAUGUAACACAACAGCCACUUAGAUUUGAACUGUAUAUUUGUAUAUUAAGAAUCACUGAGAGGAAUCAGAGACUGAUUUUAAUGUCAGAGCUGUAAAUGCCUUGGUACACAGAGCCCUGAGUGGGUUUGAAUGUAGUAUGAGUCAACUGAUUCUUAAGUAUCAGUCAGUUUAUUCAAGCUUUGCUGCUCCUCCUGCAUACUAUGUCCUCCAAGCCUAUUCUUCUACCUCUUACAAGAGCCAAGUUUAUUUUGUUCGCUUUCAAGGAGAGUCGACGUAGCUGCAAACACCAAAUAUUUCCCACCAGAUCUCAACAAAGUCAAUGGUUACCAGUGAAUCCAUAUCCUGUUGUUUUCACAAGGUUUUACCUAAUGUACAGUGUGAUCAAGAAUGACAGUUUCAUGAAUACUACGAAUCAAGGUGCAGGACACUAUGCAUACAGCAUUUCACCAACAUGAGCAUGCCAGAAACACUAUCAAUGAAUAAAGUGAGCAAGAACUGUCACAGGGGGAGUGGCAGCAACAACCAGAGCCUGGAUAUUAUUUGCCAACAAUUUAAACUGCAGCUUAAUCAUUUUUUCUUUUGAUGGAAAAUGAAUACUUGAAACAAAUGUGGAGAGCUGUAUUAUCUUACAUAAUAUUGAUUCACAUUUCACCAAAUUGAAACACCCAUGAUCAUGAAUCAUAAUGUAGUCCAUACAUCUAAAUACAUAUCAGAUCUUUUGAAAAGAGAGAGAUAUAUGAAAAUGAUAAUUCAACAGCACACAAGAACAUGUCUUGAAUUGUAUCACCUUUCAAAAAGAAGUCGAGCAUCAUGAAUGAGAAGUGUGUGUCAUCAGAGCAUUUCAUACUGCAGAUGCAUACAUUCAUUAGUAAUCAGUCCAUACAAGACUCCUCUGAGAGGUGUUGUUAGAAUGUAAUUAGUGUGCAUACUGUGACUGUACUCUGUUAUUGUGGAAUGUUGUAACAUGUAGCAGAUAAACACUGCAUUAUAAUUGGAAGAUUUGUAAGUAACAGCUGCUACUGAUCCAUGACACUGACCAGCAUUAGUGCACAUGGUUAAUCUCUGUUUAACCAGCAUCUGUUUGGUAAUAAUGAUUUACUAUCGGUUUAAAAUGCUCUUCUAACUCAAAUUCAAAAAUAAUAACUGGUUGUCUUUUUUUUUGCCUUGAGGAAAAGAUUCACAAUUUGUCUGUACAGAUACUAUUUUGUGGUGUGUUAAGUACUGAUAUGUCAAGUAUGUACUCACAUAUGUGUACAGUGUCUAAAAAAAUAAAUAUUUUUCUUGAAUAUUCAA